CAAACUUACAGUGACUCACCUUUUGCAACGUCACCGUUCUCAGUCUCGUAAAAAUAACUCAUUUUUACGAAGACACGGUUUCAAGCAGUCUCCCUUCUCGUUGUUAAUUUUUCGAGAAAUAAGAGAGAGAAAAUGGGUUCCUCCGAUAUUAUCGAUCACUCGCCUCACCAGGCUGAUCCAUCCCCUCCAAUUCCAACGGCCUCCAACCUUAUUCUUAUUGACAACUACGACUCUUUCACCUGGAACAUUUACCAGUAUCUCGUCCUUGCGGGAGCUACGGUAACUGUCUAUCGAAAUGACAAGGUCACUGUGGAUGAAAUCAUUGCCAAGAAACCCACUCAGAUUAUCAUCAGCCCCGGUCCCGGUCACCCCGAGACUGAUUCUGGUGUGAGCCGCGAUGUCAUUAGGCAUUUUGCUGGCAAGGUUCCUAUCUUUGGUGUCUGUAUGGGCCUUCAGUGCAUCUUUAAUGUCUAUGGUGGAGAAGUCAGUUCAGCUGGUGAAUGGCUCCAUGGCAAGACUUCGCCGUUGACCCAUGACUCUAAGGGCGUAUUCUCUGGUCUCAAGCAGGGUGUUCCAGUUACUCGGUACCAUUCUCUUGCAGGUACCCACGUCACUUUGCCUGAGGAACUGGAGGUUUCCUCUUGGGUGGCCAAGCCUGAUGGUUCCCCUGGUGUCAUUCAAGGUGUUCGUCACAAGAAGUACACCAUUGAAGGUGUCCAAUUCCACCCUGAGAGUAUUCUGACUGAAGGUGGACGAGCUAUGAUUACAAACUUCCUCCGCAUGCAGGGAGGUACUUGGGAGGAGAACACUCAGUUCCAGAAGUCUGGUUCUGCCAACAGUGACGACUCGGCUGCAGCCAAGCCCAAAAAGAACAACAUUCUGCAGCGAAUUUACGCCAACCGAAAGGUUGCUGUGGACGCCCAGAAGCAAAUCCCUUCUCAGAGAUUUGAAGAUCUACAAGUCGCAUACGAUCUUAACGCUGCCCCUCCCCAGAUCCCUUUUGUCAACCGACUACGACAGUCUCCUUUUGACGUUGCGUUGAUGGCUGAGAUCAAGCGCGGUUCUCCCUCUAAGGGCAUCUUUGCGCUGGAUAUUUCCGCCCCCGCACAGGCUCGAAAGUACGCUUUGGCUGGCGCAAGUGUCAUUUCCGUGCUCACUGAGCCUGAGUGGUUCAAGGGUAGUAUUGAGGACUUGAGAGCCGUUCGACAAGUCUUAGAUGGCAUGCCCAACCGACCCGCAAUCCUCCGUAAGGAGUUCAUCUUUGACGAAUACCAGAUCCUCGAGGCACGAUUGGCUGGUGCGGAUACUGUUCUGCUCAUUGUCAAGAUGCUUGAUGCUGAGCUUCUACAAAGGCUGUACAAUUACUCUCUCCAAUUGGGCAUGGAGCCUCUUGUUGAGGUUCAGAAUGCUGAGGAGAUGACAACUGCAGUCAAGCUGGGUUCCAAGGUCAUCGGUGUCAACAACCGUAACCUCGAGAGCUUUGAGGUUGAUCUCAACACCACAGGUCGGCUGCGCAGCAUGGUGCCUGAAAGCACAAUCAUUUGCGCGCUAAGCGGUAUCAACACCCAUGAUGACGUUUUAAUGAACAAGAGGGAUGGUGUCAAUGCUGUUCUAGUUGGUGAGGCCAUCAUGAGAGCCCCUGACGCCAGUGUUUUCAUCAGUCAACUAUGCUCUGGAACCGAGCCCCCUGCUAAUUCUGAUGUUGGAUCAUCUUUGUACGUCAAAAUUUGUGGUACUCGAAGCGCUGAGGCUGCCCUGAAGGCUGUCGAGUCAGGGGCAGAUUUUGUUGGCAUCUGCCUUGUUCCUAGCGCCAAGCGAUGCAUCUCACAUGAGACUGCCCUUGCAAUCUCAGAAGUAGUGCACACAUAUCCUAGCACUCGAAAGUACGAGACCCAAGUAGCAGCAGCAGACAACAAAGCCGAGGACUUCUUCGAAGCUGCUGCCCAAAGACUUCGUAACCCCCGACCUCAGCUCGUCGGUAUUUUCCAGAACCAGCCCCUGAGCGAGGUUUUGGAGAAGCAGAAGCAAUACGAUCUUGACCUAGUCCAGCUUCAUGGUGACGAGCCUAUCGAGUGGGCAAGCCUCAUUCCCGUGCCUGUCGUUCGAUGCUUCAAGCCUGGCCAAGUUGGAAUUGGCCGUCGAGGAUAUCAUACUGUUCCUCUUCUUGACUCCGGCUCUGGCUCCGGCAAGCUUCUCAAUGUCACCAAUGUCCAGGCUGUUUUGGAGAGUGAUCCUGAGCUUCGAGUCUUCCUUGCUGGUGGUCUCAACCCUGACAACGUUGCCGAGUCUGUCAAGGCCUUGGGUCCCCUGGCUGAUCGAGUGAUUGGCGUUGAUAUCUUCAAGAGCCGUAUAAUUGCAGCCGCAGGGCCUCUUCCUGGUCAGUUGACAGUGGACAACCUGAAGCGAUGGGCCUCACUUCGCAAAGGCGUCUUUAUCGAAGACUUUGACGAGACUGUCACUCAUCUCCUCUGCACCAAGGAACAAUUUGACAAGAAACUUCCUAAAGUCAGAAAGGCAUUGAAGCUCGGCAAGGGCAUUCACAUUGUCCAUUGUGACUGGUUUGAGUACUCGACAGUCAAGAACAAGAAAUUGCCUGAGGCGGACUAUUCUAUGAGAAGCCUUAUCGCAAAGCAAAACGCAAAGAAGAGAGAAAAGGCCCGGAUAGAAAAGGGUAAAAGAAACGCGGAGAAAUUUGUUAACACAAACCUCUUCCACCUCUAUCGAGACCGUCUCAACUUUGUCUACCAGGUCAACAUCACUCGAGAUAACGAGUUCACCGGUGAAUUCGGACAGAAGUAUUCUCUUUGCUUGUGGGAGUCCAACGCCAAACCUCACUUGUACUGGUUCACGGCCAAAUUCCUCAAGCACAAGGGCAACUCUCAGCCAUCGUACUACCGCCCUAGCCCUCACGAGGGAAAAUGGAGGGCUCAGAUGGAGCUGUUCAUGGACUUUUUCAGAAAGAAGACCGGGAUCGAUUGGCAAGAUCGGGUCUCACUGGCCCAAACAAUGCCCAGUUCGUAUUUUCAGUACGAGCCUCCGUCCAGAGGAAAACCCAUUGGGCGACGUCUGAAGCACGACAUUGAGUAUUGUCGAGAGAUCAAUGCUGGGAUUCGGGGAUUGCCAUGGCCUCCCCUCGAGGAGGAAGAGUGUAAGGCUGACUCGGUUGAAGACGAGUCUGACACUGGACCUAGAGCCCUCGAAGAGGACGACGUAGUGAUGAUCUCACCUCCAUAUUCCCCUCGCGUUCCAGAGGACGGAUCUGGCACUGAUCCGAAGGGGUCUGGAGACGACAUAGAAAUGGCGUCUCCUCCUGAUCCUAAGAAGCGUCCAGAUGAAAACGAAUCCUGCUCCAGUUUGAGGGUCUCUCAGGAUAAAAUGGAAGAGAUUCCCCCUUCUGAGUUUGAGCAUCCUCAAGAAGAAAAGGCAGCUAUCACUAGUUCAGAGACCCUUGACGGCGAAAAGAAGGCCGAAUCACCUCCUGAAUCUGAAAAUGCUCAGGAGACAGACAAAAUGUCUGAUGCCUCUAUGUAUGCAAAGACAGAGAGUGCUCAUGCUACUCCAGCCUCGUCUAUUUAUGAGAAAGACCUCUCACAGGCAACAGGUCAGGGCGUCGCUGUGGUUCCUGAUGAUGUUGGCGAGAUGGGGAUCUCCUUUGAAUUCGAGACACGAGAGCCUCUUUAG